AUGGUUAAUUACAAUCCUGAGUUUUCUGAGGGACAAGUAAAUAAAUUAUUAAAUUUAAUCAAUAGUUACAGAAUGUGUUUUGCUUUUAGUGCACGAGAGUUAGGAUGCACAAAUGUUGUUGAAAUGGACAUUGUGGACAAUGGUGUUCCGGUUGUGUGUAAACCGUACCGUACGAGUGCAGCCGAACGCAAAACCAUUGCAGGGAUUGUCAAGGAGUGGAAGGAAGCGGGAAUUGUGUCAGAUACUGUAUCACCUUAUGCUUCCCCGGUGCUCCUAGUACAAAAAGAGGAUGGUGAUCCCAGACUGGUAGUGGACUACCGAAAGCUUAAUGCUCAGACGGUGCGAAGGGUGUUCCCUACACCACAGCUAGAUGAUCACUUGGAGACCUUGUAUGGGGCGAAAUUGUUUUGCACUUUGGAUUUGGCCUCUGGGUACCUGCAAGUACCUCUUACAGAAGCAGCAAAGGAGAAGACCGCAUUCAUCACUCCUGAUGACACAGGUCAGUUUGAACGAAUGGUGUUUGGGCUCAUUAAUGCUCCAUACGAGUUCUCAAGGUUAAUGCAACGAGUACUCAAUCCGUUGAAGGGAAAAAUUGCUAUGUGGUAUUUGGAUGAUGUGUUGGUGCCUGCUAUAUCGUACGAGGAAAUGUUGGAUAAGUUGAAAUUGGUAUUUGAAGCAUUCCGAACAGCACACCUAACACUUAAACUGAGUAAGUGCUAUUUUGGAUAUGAUGAGGUGUCUUACCUUGGUUUUUUACUAUCCUCAAAUGGCGUGCGCCCUGGACAACAGAAAGUUUUGUCGAUACAAGAGUUUCCUACUCCUACUAACAAACACGAAGUGAGGAGAUUUCUUGGACUUAGUGGAUUCUUCAGACGUUUCAUCCCACGGUAUGCCCAACUAGCUGGACCAAUUACUGAGUUGCUUAAAGAUUCUGAGACUUUCAAGUGGAAAGAAGAGCAUGACAAUGCGUUUAAGGAGUUAAAAGAAAAAUUAAGUUCCAGUCCCGUACUCCGAUUGUACAAUCCAGGAGCCCAUACUGAGUUGCACUGCGAUGCAAGCAGCAUUGGACUUAGUGGCAUGUUGUUACAGCGUGGGGCUGACAAUCGCUUACAUUUGGUGCAUGCGGUAUCGAAAAAAACCACUGCGACGGAAAAACUUUACCACUCAAGUAAGUUAGAACUAAUGGCAAUUGUUUGGAGUGUAACCCGAAUGAGACACUACCUAAUUGGACUACAUUUUGUUAUUGUGACGGAUUGUCAGGCGUUGGUCCAUUUAAAUACUCAAAAGACAAUUAGUCCGCAGGUGGCCAGAUGGGCUACACUAUUAACCGAAUACGACUACGAAAUCAAACAUAGAGCCGGAGACAAGAUGUCACACAUCAACGCUCUUAGUAGAGCACCUGUCGAAGUUGCCGGUGACACGGAGACGGAGAUCAUUCAUGAGAAAAUGGAAGUACUUACAUUGGUUACUGAGGAGGAACAAGUGAUGGCGAUGCAGCGCACCGAUACGAGGCUAAAAACAAUUGUGGAUAUUUUAUGCCGUGAAGAAUCGGGACGCUCCGUCAGUGAAUCUGCGUUGGUGAAAGAAUAUGUAUUGGAGUCUGGACUACUAUACAAGAAAGUAGAAGUGAACAAGAUAGUUCGUAAAUUGUGGGUUGUCCCAAACUCCAUGCGAAAGGGUAUAGUUGUACGAUUUCAUGACCUGUCAGGUCAUUUUUCAGUAGAUCGGACUGUCGAUAAAAUAAUGGAAAGUUAUUAUUUUCCUCGGAUGCGCCGCUACGUGCGUUUACAUAUACGGUGUUGUCCCGAAUGUAUGGUAACUAAAGUACCCCGAGGAAAACAACCUGGAACAUUACAUCCAAUUAUGCCAGGGAAACGCCCAUUUGAAAUACUUAACUUAGAUCACCUAGGACCAUUCGUUAAGUCUACCAAGGGAAACCAAUAUAUUUUGGUAAUGAUAGAUAACUUAACUAAGUAUGUAAAACUGUAUGCGGUGAGAAGCUGUGGUACGGAUGGUGUUAUCGCUAGUCUAGAAAAGUUUAUAUUACAGUUUGGUAUUCCAAGGAGAAUCAUAAGCGACAGGGGUACGGCUUAUACAUCCAGAGCGUUUGGGGAAUAUUGCUCACGUUAUGGUAUAAAACACACUUUAAAUUCCGUCAGACACCCUCAAGCAAAUGGCCAGGUCGAAAGGGUGAAUGGGACUUUAGUUCCUGUUAUUCAAGCCACUAUGGAAACAGACCGUACUUGGGACAAGCAUAUUACUGAGGUGGAGUGCAACCUUAACAACGCAUAUAAUCAAACUAUGGGAGACACACCCUUCCAUGUACUAUAUGGCUAUUUUCCCAGUUUCAAGGAUGGUGUAUUGCGACAUGUGGUAAAAGAUGAUGUAUGGGAUGAUUCUACAAGACUUCAAGAGAGGGUACGCGAACGGAUAGCUAAAGAACAUGAAAUAUGGAAACUUAGGUAUGAUAAAAAGCACUCUAGGCCAAUCGUUUACAGGAAGGGAGACAUUGUCUACAUAAAGAGACCCCCUGAGGCAACGGGUGAAUCAACAAAACUACAACCUAAGUAUCGUGGACCACUCAUUGUGACACAAGGACUACCUAAUGAUGUAUACAGUGUGUCAGCAUUGCGAGCUGAAGAAGGGAGACAAUAUGCGACUAAAGUCCACGUGUCUCAGAUGAAAUCAUAUCAUUUGCCUGACUCAGAUUCGGAGGAGGAUGACAAGCAAUCUAGUACAACUUCAGAAGAACAAGGUGUUGCAGGAGAGACUGACCCAGACAGACCACAAGAAGAGGAUGAAGAAUCUGCAGAACAGUUGUCAAAGUCUUUUGCUGCACUCUCACCAGCUGUAGCAAAAACAGCUAGAAUAAGGCGACCACCGAGAUGGCAUGAGGAUUAUAAAAUGUGA